AUGGAAAACCUGAGUCUUCAUAUUCCAUCCACAAGCAACAAAAAUGCCUUGGAGAGGGACAAUUUUACGACCUAUAGUGAUCUCCCAUCCCCUCUUCCCGAGAGUGGGGCACGGGCAGGCAGGCAGGCUAAAGGCUCUAAGCCGACUGUGGCGUCUCGCCGUAAACGUGAGUUCAUCUCUGAUGAGAAAAAAGAUGAUUCGUACUGGGAAAAACGGAGGAAGAACAAUGAAGCUGCAAAGCGCUCGCGGGAAAAACGACGCAUGAAUGACAUGGUUCUUGAAAACCGGGUCAUGGCCCUUAAUGAGGAGAACGUUCGUCUAAAAACAGAACUACUCCAGCUGAAAUUGCGCUUUGGCCUCAUCAGUGCAGCGUCCUAUAUGGAGAAAAGCCAGCAGAUUGCUAGCAGCUCAGCGGCUGGUAACUCAAGUAGCAAUGGGAGCAGCACAAAUGGCACACCCACUAACGCCGACUUCUCAAGUAGCGGCUACUCCAGUGCAUCCCAGGCGAUGCCGAACUCUGACUCAUCUGAAACCGAACAGCCCAGCCGUGGUGAGCGCCACUCUACGCUUCACAAGUUUUCUCACAGAGGAUCUGUGUCAGACUUGUCUGACGGCUCCUCAAGGGACAGCCCUGAGCCUUUGGGCUACAACAUAAAGAUAGAGCCUUCCAACAUGGAAAUGACAAGACUCGAAAGCACCGGGCCCUCCGGUGGGAUAGCUAAUGGAUUGCCUAUUCGGGCUUACCAAGGCAUCCAUUCCGCUCUGAUGUCUUUUCACCAGCAGAGCGCACCACUGGCUGAAGCUGCCUUAGACUACCAGAAACAGCAGGGCCAUGUGGAGGCCUCCACCGCCCAAGCCACUUCUUCACAAAGGAGUGUCAUCCUAUAUCGUUCUAGCAGUGGGUGUUACCCCGUUGAGAGCCAGAGAUCAGAUGAACAGCAGAGCAGGCAGCAGCAAAGCCAGCAUUCUUCAUCCUCAAAGUUCUCAGAAUAUUCAGUGACCAUCGCCGAGGUCGCCGAGAAGCUAGAGAGGACAAAGACAAUGGACUGUGAGCAGUACGAAUUUUCUGAGGCGCCACGGGAACAGUUCAAAAGCCAACAAAAGCAUGAGGACCAUCAUGGGCCUUACACUUGUCAGGAUCAGGAGAACAGCCAUGAGCAAGCUGAGAAUCGGAACCCCUUCGCUCCGAAUCUGAUCCACAACACUGAAGAGGGCAUGUUGGCGUUCUCGCAGCACAAUGGCUAUCUCAACUCUAUGGACGAAGAGCCUCCGGUUCUCACAUAUGAGGGAGGCCCUAGAGCUGACGGCUUCUAUCAAGAGAAUUCCUCUGCUAAAGAUACUUCAUCUAGCGACGGGGAUCCCCGGAGCUCUGACAAGGAGGCUUCGACUGAUGAUGAAUCCCCCUCCUCGUCAUCCUCAGACAUCAGCAGCUACCACCAGAAAGCUUUGGCGACCGCCGGGCCGUAUGGAGAAUGCCAAGCUGAAAUCAAAGCGACUGCCCUGCCCCACAAACUGCGUCUCAAGAACCGUGCAAUGUCGACCGGGGCGACAAAAGCACAGAUGGAGGUCUGCGUAGGUGUCUCCCAGUCCCCAUCCCCAACCUUGCCCCAGCACCCUUACCUGGCGCUGCCUAGUAGUUCCAUCAUCGGCCAAGUCAGCAGGGAGGCAGAGAAUGAGGUGGAUUACACCGAGGAAGUAAGGCCCAGACCCGAUGAGAGGAUGGACUCCAAAAAGGCAUCCAGCAAUGGUUAG